GGCGAGCCCGCGGGCUUGGGAUGCCCGCGCCCCUUGUAGCCCCGGGCCUGACCCAGCCUCCAGGGCCCUCGGAUCCCGCUGGGAAGAGGCUGGGCCGCCAACCCGGUCAGCGCCACUUUGGGCCACUUUUAACCCGGCGCUGAGUGCCAGGAGGGUCUCUCAGCUGGGAGAUGGGCAGAAACGGGCGGCGUCCCAGCUGUGCCUUCCCUCCUCCAGGCCUCCGGCAGAUCUCCCAGAGCAAGGUGGCGGUGCUGCUCCUGGCUGGCGGGCAAGGGACGCGCCUGGGGGUGCCCUACCCCAAGGGCAUGUUCGACGUGGGCCUGCCCAGCCACAAGACCCUCUACCAGAUCCAGGCAGAGAGGAUCCGCAAGGUGGAGCAGCUGGCCGGCGAGAAGUUCGGCGGCUCACACUGCGUGGUGCCCUGGUACAUCAUGACCAGCGAGUUCACGCUGGGGCCGACGGAGAAAUUCUUCCGGGAUCAUAAUUAUUUCAACCUGGAGAAGUCCAACGUGAUCAUGUUUGAACAGAGAAUGUUGCCCGCUGUCACCUUCGGUGGGAAGGCGAUCUUGGAAGAGAAGGGCAAGAUCGCCAUGGCACCAGAUGGCAAUGGCGGCUUGUACCGCGCCCUGGUGGACCACAAGGUCUUGGACGACAUGCAGCGGCGGGGCGUCCAGUCCAUCCACGUCUACUGCGUGGACAACAUCCUGGUCAAAAUGGCGGAUCCCGUCUUCAUUGGCUUUUGCCUCUCAAAAGGGGCGGAUUGUGGCGCUAAGGUGGUGGAGAAAGCCUGCCCCGCGGAGCCCAUGGGGGUGGUGUGUUGUGUGGACGGGGUGUUCCAGGUGGUGGAGUACAGCGAGAUCUCCGUGGAAACAGCCGAGAAGCGAAAUCCUGAUGGCCGCUUGGCGUUCAGGGCAGGAAGCAUCUGCAACCAUUUCUUCACCCUUGGCUUCCUUCGGGAAGUAGCAGAGCGAUUUGAGUCGCAGCUGCGGCCUCACGUGGCGGUCAAGAAAGUGCCGUAUGUGGACGAGGAAGGCAACUGGGUAAAGCCGCUAGAGCCCAACGGGAUAAAGCUGGAGAAGUUUGUGUUUGAUGUGUUCCCGUUUGCUAAGAACUUUGUCGCCUUUGAAGUCCCGAGAGAAGAGGAGUUCUCCCCACUGAAAAACGCCGACACGGCUGCCAGAGACACGCCAACCACGGCGCGGCGUUCCAUUCUCUCUCAGCAUUACCGCUGGGCUGUGAAGGCAGGGGCCAGAUUUGUGGCGGGCAACGGGCAGCAGAUCCCGGAAAAGGAAAGCUUCUCCCCGGACGAUGAACCCCCCGCAGUGUGCGAGAUCUCGCCUCUCGUCUCUUACUUUGGAGAGGGCCUGGAAAAGCACCUGAAGGGCAAGAACCUUCCAUCUCCCUUCCUUCUUGAUGAGAGCAAAGCCGAAACUUUGGCAGAAUCUUGAGUGAAACAGCCCCAGCUUGGAAAAUGACCAUUUCUUUUAAUGCAUACAGCAAUUUUUUUAAAAACGGAACUCUGAGAAAUAAUCGAGAGUGCUUUGAGAAUAAAGGCACGUUUACACCCUGGAGGAAGGUAGGAAAAAUUACCACCUGAGAAUUUUCUUCAUAUUAAAAUGAUUUUCAAAAGCAGCCCUGACAACGUGUGUU